AUGGGACUAUCUCCAUACCAGCCCCCCACACCCUGCCCCAUCCCUGCACGGUCCCAAGGACACUGCUCCUGGGAGCAUCCACAUCACAGGGCUCCCUUGGUCCCUGAGGACCUGGCUGGCAUCCCCGUUUCUCCCUUCCAGGUGCAAUGCCACGACUCCAGGCCUCUGGGGAUGGCAUCCGACUCUUUUGAUGACCAGUACGUCGGGUGCACGGAGGAAAUGGAGGCAGCUGUGGCUCCGCGGCUGCUGGAGGAGGAAAGAGCCAGACACCCGCUGCUGGACGGGAUGUGGACAAACCUGUCGGCUGUCUGGGCCGAGAAGAAGAAAGGGCUGAGUCUGCCCAUGGGUUUUCAGGAUGCACACGGCAUCGCCAUUCUGGUCUACACUGACUCCUCCAACGACCUGUACAAGAAGCUCCAUUUAACUCAGCAGCUUUACAAAGAGUUCAACGAGGCUGUGGGAGAGGCUGGUAAAUCCCGAGACACCUACCUGCGCACCUUCCCCUUCAAGGCCCUGCACUAUUACCUGAGCAGAGCCUUGCAGCUGCUGCGGGAGGACUGCGGGCGCAUGUACCACAACCAGCUCUACCGGGGGGUCAGCUCCAUCCGCUUCAAGCUGCACAAGGCAGGCCCGGUCCGGUUCGGACAGUUCACCUCCUCGUCCCUGGACGCCGCGGUCUCGCAGGGCUACGGCAGCACCACGUUCUUCAUGCUGCGCUCCUGCUUCGGGGCCCACAUCGAGAAGCUCUCCUUCUUGGGCUUUGAGAAGGAGGUGCUGAUCCCCCCCAGCGAGGUGUUCGCCGUGUCCAAAGUCACCCGGCAGGGAGACAGCAGCGUCUUCGUGUUGCGCAGCACCAACCGCACCUGCAGCCACUUCAACUGCGCCUACCUGGGCGGUGAGUGCCUGGCGGGCUGGGACCCGUGCCCGGGCUGCCUCGGGGAGGGGGGAGCAGGGGACACCCGGGAUUUAGGACAGCCUCACAUGGUGGGUGUCAGGAAGCCAGACCACCAGGCCUCGUGA